ACGAACCACGUGGAGUCGUGGAUUGUAAGAAAAAGGAAACCCACUUAUCCACGUGUUCGUAGAAAGGAGAUAUGGUUUGGCAUCUCGGGACGGGAAUGGCCUUCGCGCCUUCUUGUUACCAUCCACAGAAUCCGAACCCUCCGCUCGCGGUCCAUAAUCAUAAAAGACGGUGAAUGGUGGUGGUGAUUCUGUAGUGGGAGAAGAGGUUGUGUUGUGGGCAGAAGAGGAAUGAUCAAUUUGUGAUCUCGAGAUCCGAUUGGAUUCCGCUGAAGAAGUUCCCGACGAGGAUUGAUUCAUCGGCUGGAGGCGCUCUCUACGGCGCCGGCUGAGAAACCGCUCGAUUGGGUCAAAGCCAGCACUCCCGAAGGUGUAGUGCUCUCAUUUUGGUUCACCAUCUGGUUUGGUCUUUAAACGUACCCCUUCUGCCCCUUGCCUUCACACUGCAGAAGUUCAGCAAUUCUGCCUCUAGUGUGCCUUUCGAAGCUGCAAACUGGUCUUUCCCAAAAUUUCGCUUGCGGAGUAGCAAUGUUUGGCUCGAGUCGCAUUUCCCCAGCUGCCACUGCAGAUUGCUUCCUUCAAGUUCCUUCCUCUUCUCUGCAGUCAAAUUUCUUUCCGUUGAAAGGUGUGAAAAAUCCUCGGCCGCAUCGUCAUUGCCUGCGGCUCACCUGUAAAGCAUCUGAUCCCGGUGACUUCCUUGGGGACGAUUCCCUCAGCUUCUUCCCAUGGUCCGGUGACAAUAACGCCAUAGAAUGGGUCCAGCAGGAGAAGGUCACAUUGUUCACUGCUGAUGGGCUCAUUCAGAUUGGUGGCAACAUUGUUCCUCGACGUGCCACCUCUGCUGAUAAGAAACAAGGGAAACUUAAGACUUCUCAGAGACUCCAACGGUUUCAAGAGAGUAACUACAUGGAUCCCGAUCAGGGAUUGUGUUUGGGUGCAUUGUUUGACAUUGCUGCGACCAAUGGGCUCGAUAUGGGAAGAAGGCUGUGUAUACUUGGAUUCUGCCGCUCCAUUGAAAUGCUCAGUGAUGUUGUGGAGGACACUGUUUUGGAACAUGGUGGAGAGGUGGUUGCUGCUGAGAAAGCAGUGAAAGGCGGGUUGCAUGAGAAGUUGAAGAUGACGGUGGCUGUACCAUAUCUUUGGGGCGUGCCACCGGCUUCCGAGACGCUUCGCCUGGCGGUUAGGAGCGGUGGUGGGAUUGUGGAGAAGGUUUAUUGGCAGUGGGACUUCCUGUAAAUAGAGAAAAGUUGGUUCACCUAAAAAAUUGGCCCUGUUUAACCUUUCAUUCACUUGUACAUAUAUCAUUGUCACAAAUAUACUAUACUACUGUAUAUAAUCUGUAACAGUUGGAAGGAACUGUUAAUAAUUCGACGUUGAUGUCCCAAUCCAAUUCAUUGUUUUGGAACUUCUUCAGAAGAAGAAGCAGAAAAGAACUGCUGCUAAAACCGAACUGCUAUCUUUCUCCUUCGCCGGCGAACGGCAACUGGGUUUACCGUAGAAGUGGUGGUAGAUUAUUGACCGUUUCCCGCGCUGUCGACGACGAUACCCUCGUUCCGGCGCCUCAGUAUUUCUUCCUCAGCUUCUCAGUUUCCUCCUUUUAGAUUAUCUGGGUUUGUUUAAACCGAAUUUUCAUUCCGUGUGUCUCAGUUUAAUAUGAAACUCCCUGUCUGUGUCUCAGAUGAGGCAGCUUCGAGCCGAGAUUGGCGCGGUUGCCAGAGCUGACGGUUCUGCUGUUUUUGAAAUGGGCAACACCAAAGUAAUUGCUGCUGUCUAUGGUCCUAGAGAGGUCCAGAACAAGAGCCAACUGAGUAACGACCAGGCAUUGGUGAGGUGUGAGUACACCAUGGCCAAUUUCAGCACCGGUGACCGCAAGCGUAAACCAAAGGGCGAUAGGCGAUCAACAGAGAUAUCUUUAGUCAUCCGCCAGACAAUGGAAGCUUGCAUAUUGACUAACCUAAUGCCGCGCUCUCAGAUAGACAUCUACGUGCAAGUCCUCCAAGCUGAUGGAGGAACUAGAUCUGCAUGUAUAAAUGCUGCAACUUUGGCCCUAGCUGAUGCUGGGAUCCCUAUGCGUGACCUUGUGACUUCCUGUAGUGCUGGUUACCUCAAUAGCACUCCUUUGCUUGAUCUUAAUUAUCUGGAAGAUAGUGCUGGGGGUCCUGAUGUCACCGUUGGGUUUCUACCGAAGCUAGACAAAGUGACUCUUCUUCAGAUGGAUGCCAAGUUGCCAGUUGAUAUUGUUGAAAACGUUAUGCAGCUUGCAAUUGAAGGCUGCAAGGCCAUUGCAACUUAUAUACGGGAGGUAUUGCUCGAAAACACCAAGCAACUAGAGUAUCGACGAGGCCCGUAAUUUGAGUGUGUUAUUCGACCAAGCUAGCUCAUACUAUGCCCCUAGCUGUAGUUAUUUCGAGUUUGUUAUUAGGCUGUUUGGUAGAGUUGAUUUUAGGUAGUAAAAGGAUAAUUGAUGGAUGUUAGAUGUGUGUUUGAUAAUACGUCAAUUUGUGUGCAAACCAUUUUUCUUUCUUUUUUAUGAAAUUACAAGUGAGGAAGAGCUCAAUAGUUGUUUCAGAUUGAGAAAAUGUGCAUUUCUGGAUUCCAAAAGCACAGGCUUUACAUGGAUUUCCCAU